GCGCGUCGUGACGUGACGUGCGUGCGUGCGUGCGUGCGCGCGCGGAUCCGCCAUGGAGGCCUCGGCGGUUGGCGGGGCCGGCGGCGCGGCGGGGCGGCGCUGGUACUUCAGCCGCGAGCAGCUGGAGCGGAGCCCCUCGCGUCGCGCCGGCCUCGACCCCGACAAGGAGCUCUCGUACCGGCAGCAGGCGGCCAACCUGCUGCAGGACAUGGGGCAGCGCCUCAACGUCUCGCAGCUCACCAUCAACACGGCCAUCGUGUACAUGCACCGCUUCUACAUGGUGCAGUCCUUCACCCAGUUCCACAGGAACUCAGUGGCACCGGCGGCUCUGUUCCUUGCAGCCAAGGUGGAGGAGCAGCCCCAUAAGCUGGAGCACGUCAUCAAGGUGGCUCACGCCUGCCUGCAUCCUCAGGAGCCUCCUCCGGACACCAGGAGCGAGGCUUACCUGCAACAAGCCCAAGACCUGGUCAUUCUAGAGAGCAUCAUUCUGCAGACCCUGGGCUUCGAGAUCACGAUCGACCACCCCCACACCCACGUGGUGAAGUGCACUCAGCUCGUGCGAGCCAGCAAGGACUUGGCGCAAACUUCCUACUUCAUGGCUACCAACAGCCUGCACCUGACCACCUUCAGCCUGCAGUACACCCCUCCCGUUGUGGCCUGCGUCUGUAUCCACCUGGCUUGUAAAUGGUCCAACUGGGAGAUCCCAGUCUCCACGGACGGGAAGCACUGGUGGGAAUACGUUGAUGGCACUGUAACUCUGGAGCUCUUAGAUGAACUGACUCACGAAUUCCUGCAGAUCCUCGAGAAAACUCCCAACAGGCUCAAACGCAUCCGGAACUGGCGGGCCUCGCAGGCAGCCAGGAAGUCGAAGGCCGACGACCACAGCGAAGACAAGAGCCUCUCGGAGCAGACCAUCCUCAACAUGAUUUCGAGGAACAACAGCUCGGACAUGAACAUCGCCGGCUUGAUGAGCAUGUCGACGUCCUCGACCGCCGGCGCGGGGCCGUCCCUGCCGCCCUCGAGCGAUUCCCCCCGCGAGCAGAGCGGGGCGGAGGCGUCGCAGCCGGAGCACUGGCUGUCCCAGCAUCCUCCCCCCAAGCUGGAAGCUGGCCAGGGCCACAGGACUAGCGAAAGCUCGUCGGCUGAGCACCCUCUGCAGCAAGAUGGCGCUGCUUAUCAGAAGCAGAGCGGCAAGAACGCCCCGUCGGCCAAGGUGUCGCUCAAGGAGUACCGCGCCAAGCACGCCGAGGAGCUGGCGGCGCAGAAGAGGCAGCUGGAGAACAUGGAGGCCAACGUGAGGUCUCAGUACGCCUACGCCGCGCAGAACCUCCUGGUCCAGCAGCAGCGGGAGAGGGAAGUCCAGCAGGACAGCAACCCCUCGCCCAUCAUCCUGAAAAUCCCCAUCGGCUCCGAGAACCCCGAGCGCCCUCCCGGCCCCGAAAAGAGCGACAAAGCCUCGGCUCUGAAGCUGAGGAUCCCGGUGGCGGGUGGAGGAGGUGGCGAGAGGCCGCUCCCCUCCAAGCAGGAGGAGAUCAAAAUGCGCAUCAAGGUGCCGAGCGCCGCGGACAGGCCCGGCUCCCUGGACGAGAGCGGCGCCAAGAGCCGGGAGCACAAGGAGAAACACAAGGGCCACUCUUCCAACCACCACCACCACCACCACAACCAUCACUCUCACAAACACUUGCACCCCCAGCUCGCCGCCGGCCCCAGCGGCGUGGUCAACAAGCGGCCGGGAGACUCUAAGCACGUCGGCCCGCCCAGCGCCGUGCCCCACAAAAGCUACGGCCUCUUCGGCUCUUCCCGCAAGAGGCCCCCGCCGGAGGAGGCGGCGGCGGGCGCGGCGGCCCACGAGCACCAGCCCAAAGUCAGCAAAAGCUCCAAGGGCUCCGGGGCGCAGUUCCCGCCGUAUCCUCACCUCCCCGGGCACGGCUCGGAGGCCGGCGGCCUCCCUUUGCCUCCGGCUACCAAAACCCGGGGUCCCCACGGCAAAUCGGACAAGGGGCCGGCGGGGGCCAACGGGCACAACGCCAGCCAGGCCAGUGACUACCAGGAUACGGUCAACAUGCUGCACUCGCUGCUGAGCGCCCAGGGCAUGCAGCCCACCCAGCCCCCCGCCUUCGACUUCCACGCCUACGGCGAGCUCUUGAACCCUCCCCGGGCAGCCGCCGGCUCCAGAACCGCCAACACGGACAGACCCCGGCCCCCGCCGCUGCCCUCAGAACCGCCCCCCCCGCUGCCUCCCCUCCCCAAAUAAUUCCUUUUUACUACUGAAUUGCGACAACCCGGGCCUGCCUGCCCGAGCCUCCCCCCCCCACCCCCUCCCCGAACCCCCCACCCGCCCCCGGGCCGCCCCUGCGGUGGAGGGCAAGGGCUGUUGGUGUUCUCCGCUGCCUCCCCGAGGACUGUUUUAUCAGAACUUUUCCUUAUUUACUGCAAGGAGCCGUCGAAGCUGUGAAAGGACAAAAAAAACCCUUUCUCUUCCUCGCUCCCUUCCCUCGCCCACUUCCCGGUUAGCAGCGGGGUCCGGCCCUGCUGGAACUUGAACC